AUGUCUUCCGCAUCUUCUGUGUCUAGCAUCAAGAAAGAAGUCACGCACUUCUCAACAGUCGAGUUGACUUCUGAAUCUAUCUCGUCAUGCAACAGCUCCGAUCUUGAGCAAGCAAGCCAGACCACGGACGACAUCCCCAAUGGUGGCCUGGUCGCUUGGUUGCAAGUCCUUGGUGCAUUCUUCCUCUGGUUCAACACAUGGGGUCUUGUUAAUGCCUUUGGAUCAUUCGGUACUUAUUAUGCACUUGGUCCUCUACGAGAGUAUCCAUCAUCGACUAUUGCAUGGAUCGGAUCUAUUCAGGCCUACCUUAUGUUGCUUGCAGGUGCUUUGACCGGACCUCUGUUCGAUGCAGGCUAUUUCCGCAUGCUCCUUAUCACAGGCUCGUCGCUCAUCGUGCUUGGUAUGGCAACGACCAGUGUGUCCACCAAGCUCUGGCAAAUCAUGCUAUCUCAAGCCUUUGCCGUUGGUCUGGGUCAAGGAUGUCUAUUUUCUCCUUCGCUUGCCAUUCUAUCUACGUACUUCUCAGAGAAGAAGUUCUUCAUCGCUAUGGGAUUGGCUGCUGCAGGUAGCGGUCUCGGAGGUACCAUCUACCCGAUCGUUUUCCAUACGCUCCAACCAAAGAUUGGCUUCGCAGCUGCCACUCGCGUGAUCGCAUACAUCGUCUUGGGCACCCUUCUCGUGUCGAACCUCGUGCUCCGCGUACGCACUCUGUCUUCCCACAGACGUAAGAUUUUCGACAUGGAUGCUUGGAGAGAGCCCGCCUUCACUGUCUACGUAAUCGGCUCCAUGAUCGCCUUCCUUGGAACUUGGACGCCAUUCGUUUACAUCGAAGUCUAUGCCUUGCGCUAUGGUAUCACGUCCAAAGAACUCGCUUUCUACCUUCUUCCCAUCAUCACCGCUGGUUCUAUCUUCGGAAGAGUAGGACCCAACCUUGUCGCCGCUCGAAUUGGUCUCUUCAACGUUGUCAUUCCUUGCGUUCUGACCACUGGAGCUCUGGCUUUCUGCUUCAUCCCAGCAAAGACACAAUCAUCAUUGAUUGCAGUUUCCUGUCUUUAUGGUUUCUUUUCAGGUUCCAUUGUUUCAAUCAUCCCUGCUCUUGGUGUCUCAAUUUCGCCUAGCAGAGCUGACAUUGGAACGCGAAUCGGUAUGGCUUGUGCGACAAUUGGUCUUGGUAUGCUUGCUGGCACGCCAAUUUCUGGCGCCAUAUUGAGUAAACACGGUUUCACAGCCACUUGGGCUUUCUCAGGUGCGGCUGCGAUUGUAGGGGCCUGCUUUUUGGUGGCAUCACGAUUACUUCAUGGUGGCAUGGUGCUGAGGAAGAAGAUAUGA